AAGUAUACACACAUAAAUUUAUUGCUUAGGUAGCUAGCUACCUAAGCCCUUCUGGAACUUAAAUUAAAUGGACCCACAAAAAGUACUUUGAAUGGCCAUGAUACCAAACCCUUUUCCAUGCAGAGCUUAAACUGUGUUUUCUGUUCUACCCUUACUGCCUUUAUAUAUAUUGUCUUCUUUAAUCAUACUUUUAACUCACACUUAAUUAUCUCCCACACUCAUUUUAGGCUUUUGGCUACCUAUGUCUAUUAUUACUACUUAAUUUAUAUAUCUUCCUUCUUUAAGUAUUUUGAUAAAAAGUUGAAAUUUAUAAUCAAAGUCAAAAUGAAUCUGUCAGUGAAUGGUCAGUCGAAAGUUCCACCAGGUUUCAGAUUUCAUCCUACAGAAGAAGAACUUUUGCAGUAUUAUUUGAAGAAGAAAAUCUCUUUUGAAGAGAUUGAUCUUGAUGUUAUUCGUGAUAUUGACCUCAACAAGCUUGAACCUUGGGAUAUCCAAGAGAAAUGCAGGAUAGGGUCAGGACCACAAAAUGACUGGUAUUUCUUCAGUCACAAAGACAAGAAAUACCCAACAGGAACUCGAACAAACCGAGCCACUGCAGCUGGGUUUUGGAAGGCCACGGGCCGAGACAAGAUGAUCUAUAGCAGCUGCAAACGCAUUGGAAUGAGGAAGACUCUAGUUUUCUACAAAGGUCGAGCUCCUCACGGUGAAAAAUCUGAUUGGAUCAUGCAUGAGUAUCGACUUGAAGACUGUAGUGCUAUCACAUUACAUGAUCUUUCCUCAGUGUCAAGACAAGAUAAUAGUACUUCUACUACAUCAGAAGAUAGUUGGGUGAUUUGCCGUGUUUUCAGGAAGAAAAACUACCAGAAAACCAUUGAUGAAAGUCCUACAAACAUACCAACACCAACAACAACAGAAACACAAAACCAGUUGUUGGAUUUAAGCAGUAAAAAGGUAUUGGAUCAAAUCUUUUCUUGCAUGGGGAAGCCAACGAAGAUGACGACUUAUCAUCAAGAUCAUCAGAUGAACAAUCAUGAUCAUCCAACAACUAGUUGUACCGGAAACACCAACUACAUUUAUACUUACACUGUUGCUCAAAACAUACCAAACAUACCCCAAAAAAGCUUAAUCAUCCAUGAUAAUCACAUUAAUAGUACUCUAUUACAAGCUACUAAUGAUCAUCAGUACAAUAAUAAUAAUAAUAAUAAUCUUCCUAUGCUUACUAGUAGUAGCCCAACAGAUCAAUUUGAUCAUGAUCCUAUUAUUAAUAUGAUGUGCUAUGAAGAUGAUGAUGAUGAUUAUGAUGGGAAACAAAGGUUAAGUGAUUGGAUGACGCUUGAUCGACUUAUUGCUUCUCAACUCAACGGUAAUGAUCAAGACUUGUGCUUCAGGGCAGACUUGUAAUUAUUUUAUAAUUAAUAUCCUUUUUGUUCCAAAAGAAUUGCUACAAGUACAAAAUGAGAAAAUGAAAAAAAUGAGUCAAUAAAAUGGAAAAAUAAUGAGUUAUAAAAUUUUUUGUAAAAUGUGUUUAAAAAAUUGUAGCAAAUUUUAUGAAACAAAGAGUGUAGCUAUAUUAGCUAUUAAGUAUGAAUUUGUACAUUCAAGCUAGUUAUUUUAGUGCUAUAAGAUCAGAAUAUUUGAUAGAAUACACAAAAUAUCUCGAGGUUAUUUUAGUCAUCAAUUUAAGCUUUCUGUUGAAAUGGUUCCUCAACAUGGUAUAAAAGCUCGGGUGAUGGAUUCAAAUGUUGAUGGGUCUUAAUUGUAUGAGUACUAUAUUAGAUUAUUUUUCUUAAUUUCAAGUAUGUAGAUGAUGAGGAUGAUGACAAUAAUGGUCUCUAAUCACAUGCUUUUAUUUAAUUCAGAUGUGGAAAUUAAUUAAAUAUGUAACAUCUUUGAAAGUUGA